AUGACUCUUCACCUUUGUCUCCCUCUGCUGGCCAUGCUGCUGCAGCCCACCCUCUGCCUCUACAACUGCUCCUCUGAGUAUGACAGAGUACCAGACAGCUCCGACCUGAUAGUCGACUGCGGCACCCGUGUGAUCACCCUGGAGAUCAACCUCUGCACAGCUCAGUGGGCAGGCUUCAACUCCUCGAACAUGGCGCUGAAUAGCAAGCACAACACCACAGAGUGCCAGGGCUCCGUUGACUCCAGCGUGGACCCGCCCAUCAUCCGCUACCAGCUUCCGGUCAACGACAGUGCGGAAAAUCCGUGUCGGCAGUCCCUCCAGAUUGUGGAUGAGGCCCCGGACCCCACAGGCCCUUUCAACAACUUCCUGAGCAUCCAGUCAGUUAUCAUCACGGGCUUCAUCGAUACCCCCAGGUCGGACCAGGGGGUGAUCAGCUACUCCACUGACCUCUACUAUCACUUCUCCUGCCGCUACCCCUUGGAGUACCUCAUCAACAACACACAGAUAGUGGCCUCCUCGGUUUCCGUGGCAACAAGCGACAACAACGGGACCUUCAUUGACACCCUAAAAAUGAGUGUUUUUAAUGAUUCCAACUACAUGUAUCCCUUAGUCAUACCUUCCUCUGGACUGCAGCUGCGAACAAGGAUCUAUGUGGAAGUAAAGGCAGUGAACCUGACUGGAAAUUUCCACGUGCUGCUGGAUCACUGCUUCGCAACGCCGACCGCCUACAACGUGUCGCACAAUGAGCAGCACAACUUCUUCACUGGAUGUUCAGUCAACCAAAGAGUGAUCAUAGAUGCCAACGGAGUCUCCAAGAUGGCCCGUUUCGACUUUGAGGCCUUCCGCUUUGUUCAGCACCGUGACCAGGCCAAGUCCAGCAUCUACUUGCACUGCAUCCUCAGACUCUGUGAGCCCACCAAAUGUCAAGAACUGCUGAACGCUUGUAACACCAGAAGAAAAAGAUCCUUGACUCCUUUCGGACAAGAGAGCAGCGAGUCCGCCACCGUUUCAGUCGGACCGCUGUUCACCGCUGGAGAAGAAACAGACAGGCCUGCCGCAGCUCCCUACACUACAAGUGACACUGCUGCAUCAGAGAGGCAUGACACAGACAUGACAGGCCUGGUGGUCGGCGUCGUGUUUGGCUCGGCCGCCUCCGCUCUGCUGGUCCUUGGCGGCUGGUUUGUCCUGAAGAAGUUUUAUUUGGCGGGACCUCAUGCCUUUAACUGAGUUAUUGACAAUAUUUUUUCUACCAAACCUGAUGUUUAUUUUGAAUUUACUACAAUAAGAGAUUUUUCUAAAAAAAAACAAAAACAAAAACACAACCAAAAUGAACAUCAUAGCAGAUAUGUGACUUCUGUGUCUAUGUUAUAUUUGCAGCCAUUUUUUCUAAAAGAAAUAGCCACUUAAGUUCAUUCGAUGUGCUUUGGUUUAUUUUUGAAAACACAUAAACAUUAAACAUUCUCCUUCUACAGUAUACUAAACCAGUCUGUUUACGUAACACGCAUUUGUACAUAUUUGCUUUGCAUAUCCAGAAAUGUAGUCGGAAAGAGUACAGAAAGUUUGGCUUAUAACUGGCCUACAAAAAUGACAUUUUUAGGGCCGAGUUGUCUAAAUGUUUUCCGUUCAGUUCCAAUGUUUGGAGCCCAAAAAAACAAAAACACACCAUUAGUGCCAUAACGUUGACAUAUACUGUACAUCAGUGAAUGAGAAAGAAUACAAAAGGCAUUCAUUUACUGUAAAGAUGAAUCAAAAAUCAAGAAAUUGUGCGCCGACUGGCUGGUGAAUAAAAAUAGUUUAGAAUUACAACAGAGUAUUAGGGUCACAUAGAAAAAAAACCCCUGAGAUUUAGAGAAAAAGUUGUACAUUUAUGAGAAAAAAAGUCUUAAUAUUACCUUUGCCCAAGGCCAAAGGUCACAUAAGUCUCCCAUUUUCAUAGCUGUCUCAGGAAAUGCCUGUUAUGAUGGAGUAUUAAAAUAAUUGGAGAUUUCGAGAACAAAGUCGUAAAUUUACGACAAAAAAACUUGGAAUAUUAGAAAAAACUCAAUUUUGUGUUACAGGCAUUGCCUAUGAAAAGGGGGGACUUAGGUGACUUUUGGCUUUGGGCAUGUGGAGGGGGCGGGGUAAGGAAGGCGGAAGUGCGAAGGGCUAGACAUGCUAAUGUAAAUGCUAACUGCUCAGCUGCUCAGUUUUGCACCACAUUGUGAAUAAAAGCUUGCCUGAAGCAAGAGGAAAGUUUCCUUCCUUCUUGAAAAGCUAUGCUCUAUUUUCCCUCUGACACGUGUGACAUGAUGACACAUAAUAUCACGACUAAGAGUUUAUUCUCAUAAAUUUACGACUUUAUUCUCAGAAAUGUUCGACUUUAUUCUCGAAAUCUUUUUUUUUUCAAUGUGGCCCUAAUACUCCAUCGUAUGCUAUACUCUGGGUUAGGGCGUGUUAUUUUAAAUUAAUUAAUUAAAUACUAUACAGUAUAUGAUCAAAUAAUAAAAAGCAAUCCAUGUUUACACUUAUUUUUAUUGUAGAAAAAAGCGUAGCACAUUUUCCUGAGAUCAGACUCCAUGUCAAACCUGCCAUGAAGUUUUGGCCGUGAAAAUACCUUUUUGGUGUUAUAGAACAAGAUAUUUAAGGAGGAUUUCAUUGGCAAGUAAAAGACAGUUAUUUUAAAAAUGUCAUGUAGACACUUCUGUCAAUGUCAGACCUCAAAUGACACCCCCCGCCCCUUGCUCUGCAAAAACUUCCCGUGCCUUUAAUUGGUCUCUAUAGUCUGAAUUGAACUCCUGAAAUAAAAUAACUUUUGAAAAAUGUAUUGGGAUGCUCCUGUAUUUUCAAUGCCAAGACUUACUGGUGGCGUUGAGGCUCCUUACCAAUACACACAUACAAUAAAACAAAAA